AUGAGUCAUUAUGUGUCUAACCAUCGUUUGUCAGAAUCAAAUCAGUCAUUUGUAAAUCAGUUAUCUACUGUAUCUAUUCCUAACAAUGUGCAGGAAGCCUUAGCUGACCCAAGAUGGAAAGCCGCUAUGAAUGAGGAGAUGAAAUCAUUGCAGGAAAAUAAAACCUGGGAACUUGUUGACCGUCCACCAGGAAAGAAACCAGUUGGAUGUCGUUGGGUUUAUACUGUGAAGUACAAAGCAGAUGGUACAAUUGAACGCUUUAAGGCGAGACUGGUGGCAAAAGGGUACACCCAAACCUAUGGGAUCGAUUAUACAGAGACAUUUGCACCUGUAGCUAAAAUCAAUACAGUACGUGUCUUGUUGUCUCUAGCUGCGAACUUGGAUUGGCCAUUAUGA